AUGUACUUACUCAGAGCACCAAAAUUUAAGCUAGCGACUGACCACAAACCAUUACUUCCUCUUCUCAACAACCCCAAAGCGAAAAUUCCACCACGAAUUGAAAGAAUUAUAAUCAAGAUGCAGAACCUGCAUUUUGAAGCUAUCCACAUACCAGGAAAGAGCAACAUGACCGACUAUUUAUCACGACACCCUCUUCCAGAAACUGGCAAAGACCAUGUUGAGAAACAUGUCAACGCAGCGAUUCAAGCAGAUCAGGCCAUAGUCUGGUCGAAAAUCAAGAAAGCCACGGCAGAAGACAAGGAAUUAUGCGAACUGACCGAAACGAUUGAAACCGGAAAUUGGAGUGAAGCAAAGCAGUUCUUGAAACCCUACUACGAAGUCAGAGAUGAACUCUUUGUCGCGGAUGGAGUGAUCAUGCGAAUGGACCGUAUUGUACCACCCCAGUCCCUGAGACAGAGAAUCAUCCAAUCAGCCCGCAAGCAAGGACAUCUCGGAGUGAAUAAGACGAAAGAAAUGAUCCGAAGAAAGUACUGGUUUCCUGGAAUGAAUACCAGAAUAACAGAUACGGUACAAACAUGUUUCGACUGCCAGAUUGCUACAGAUCACCACCAUACCGAGCCAGCAAAGAUGACAGAGUUACCAGACCGACCAUGGGAUGAGGUAGAAGCUGAUUUUUGUGGACCACUGCCCAACCACAAAUAUGCACUGGUACUUACCGACCAAUAUUCACGAUAUCCAGAGGUGGAGAUGGUAACAUCUACAUCCACAAUACCAGUGACAAAGAAAUUGAAGAAAUUUUUUCUACCCAUGGAAUACCUCGAAUACUACAAACUGAUAACGGUCCACCAUUCAAUGGUGAACAAUUCCAAACCUUUGCUGAAGAAAUGGGAUUUCACCACAAGCGAGUAA